AUGGCUCCCAGCCUUACUAUAUCUGAAACAAGCUACUCACACAAACCUGUGAGCUCAAAAAGAAACAAAGAGGCCAGUGAACUGAGAAAGACUCUAAAGCCUCUGAUGGAGAAACGCAGAAGAGCUCGUAUUAAUGAAAGUCUAAAUCAACUGAAAACCCUCAUCCUGCCUCUCAUUGGAAAAGAUACUUCCAGAUAUUCCAAACUCGAAAAAGCAGACAUCCUGGAAAUGACUGUGAGGUUCCUGAGAGAUAUCCCUCCAGUGCAGACACAAAACUCUGCAGACAGCUAUAGAGAAGGAUACAGAGCUUGUAUUGACAGACUCAGCACAAUUCUCGACAAAACCAAGAUGAUGAAUGGGGAGACCUGCAGUCGACUUCUGGGACACUUACAGAAUAGUCCAGAUCUUUGUUGCCAAGACUGCUCCAGAUCACCCAGCCCCAAACAACAUAGCCCUAGGAUAGUGGUACAUUUUAACCCAAGAAGUUCUGCGGGUUCAGCAUCUCAGAACCAACAGCCUAACAGACCUGCCCCAAGUCUGCCAUCCCCCAGCCAAGUCAUCUGGAGACCCUGGUGAAGCAUAAUAUCCUCAAGAAUAGACUGUCCACCAAAUCUAUUUAAAUCUAUUUUUAUUAAUUUAUUUAAAAACAUUUAUGUUAAGCACAAUAUGCAAUUACAACACUUAUAAACCUCACAUUGCUGCAA